UGACGCACUAAGCCGUCGACACUCGUUGCUCGUUCGUGUGUUUACAUCAUGAGAGCGUCCCUUCGCUCACACGUUUCUAGUUAGUUUCAUGUGUUAAAUGAGUUAAAGUUCAUAUUUUACGACACAUUUUAAAUCGUUUUAAUGUUUUAAGCAGUCUGAGUGAGCAGCAGUGAGAUGGAUGAAAGUAGGAAACGGGUGAAAUCGGACUGUGAGGAGCUGCUGAGCCGCUUCCAGACCACAGAUUCCGUCCGAUUCGAGAUUUUCUCCAAAAUAUGGAGGGAAAUGAAAUUCUCCGAGAUUUUCUACGGCACUGUGGGGCACAAGAAGCGAGCGUUCAGUCAGCUGAUCCUGGACACUGCCAGCAGAUUCUUCCUGCCUCCGUUCAGCUUCCAGAUCAGAGUCGGAGGACUUUAUCUGCUGUACAGCUUGUAUAAGUGUCAGACUGCCUCGCCACCGGAGCAGAUCCGCCUGGCGCUGAAGGACUGGGAGGACAUUAAGAAGUUUGAGAAGGACGCUGUGGAUGCUGAGCACCUUGAUGCCGUUUACAUCCUGCGACAGCUGAUGUUCCAAAAAGCUUUCCACUUCACCGCCAUGCCCACAUUGCUCGCCUUCAGGAAGAAGAGGAAGCUGGAGAAGUCUCCGUUGUGUGAGGAGUUCCUGGAGCGAGCAUCCCGACCUCAGGAGCUGAUCAACAUCGAGCUGCUGGAUGAGUUGUCCAACAUUCAUGACCUCUACGACAAGCUGAAGAUGUCUGUCACUUCGAAGUCAGAGCAGAAUUCCGCUAACCUGAUCCGUAAAGACCUGGUGCCGCAGCUGCGCAGCACUGUGGUGGAUUUCUACAAGUGGCAGCAAAGGAAGUCUUCUCAGGAGGGGACCAAUGAAGAUGAAGAAAGCGGAGAGGGGACGUCGACUCAGCAGGAGUGCUCCAAGAGAGCUGAUCGUCUCGCCUCCAUCAAAUCCAAAGCGUACGGACAGGCCACAGAGGCCUGCAAGUCGCGGCGUCAUCGUCAGGUGGAGCUGGACGCCACGAGUCACGAGGCUGGACCCUCUCACUCGUCAGGCUACAUCAGAAUUACUAAACCGUCACUCAAAGCCAGAACCAGGUUAAAUGUUCACAUCACAGAUGACAUGCUGACAGACGCCAUCGCGACCACUCGGCUCAGUCGUCUCACCGCACUGGACUUUGUUCCUGAAGCAAAACAACGCACAAAAACUCCAAGCCAUGAAGAAGACCACAGCUGAGUCGACCUGCGUCCUGAGUGAAGCUGCUGUUUAGUUGAAGUUUGUUUUAAAAUGUGGAAAACAACUUUUAUCACUCUAAUGAUGUUUCUGUCAUCCUGAAUACCAGUUCUGUAUCAGAAAAUCUGGAUGUUUUGACAUUUUAAGAUGUUUUCAUGUAUUUUUUAUGAAUCUUAUAGUAACUAGUCCAUUUAUGAAAAAGGGAGGUUCUGACUGUUCUACAAACUCAUAAAAGCUUGUUGAAAAUGUCUCCUGUAUCUGCCUGUUAGAGCUCUCACAGUAAAGGACGUAUAGUUUGUGUCUAUAUGUACGUUUGACGAAGCUUAGCAGGAAUAAUGACCACAAACAUUUCUCUAAUAAAGCUCGUCUUUCUGUGCAGCUUCUACAGUACAAAAGUUUAUAAUGGAUAUCUGUUCUGCAGCUUUGUCUCAGUUUUUGUUUAUUUUGUUAAAAUAUUUUAUGAAGUUUUGCUGUUUUAAAUGAAACUGCUUUUUUUUACAGCU